CUCAUGCUGUGAUUUGUGUGUGGUAAUUUUGGGUGAAAUCUGUGGGGUUACUAUGUGACUGGUGCAUGCAGUUGUUAGAAGACUAUUGUAUCGAUUAGAGACUAUGUGUACUAUAUAAUUAGAAGACUACUAGCUAGACUGUUACAAGGAUGCUGUUACUGACACUGCCAGUGACAAUGAGUGACAAUGAGUGACAAUAAGUUAGGUUGCUGCUUUUCAUAGCCACCAAAACCAGUGUGAGUUGUGGGGAGAGAACAGUUCCUGUGUACUUACUGCUGGUGACAUUUGGUAUUGCCUCUUGAAAUGAGAGUGAUCAUAGUGUAAAAUUGCUUUUUAUGCAGGGGCUCUUAGAGGUAGUUGAGUUCAGUUGGUCUUUGGCAUGUAUGCUCAGUGCUUUGCCAAUCUUAUUAUUCCUUUUACUCAUUGCUUUUCUGACCUCUUGUGGAUGUACACAAAGGAAUGCAUGUGCUCAGUAUGUGUUCAAGGCAACAGUUUUGUGGAAAUUUAUCAGUGUACAGAAUGUAUUAUUGUAGUGGUAAGAGUGGCCAUUUCCAGAGCAUGGAGACUGUGAAACAUAUACAUAGGUGGCACCAUGGCAGUUUAGGUAGGUCUAAACCUAGUUGUAAUGUACAUCUGACUGUCAGCUGAAGGGGAAGUGGAGAUACAAAGACUUGGCUCUUCUGAUGAGAAUUUCACAUAUUUGACAUAUUUAAUUGACCAAAGGCAGUUAAACUGGAGAUCUAGACUGUGAGGUGACACACCUUUGUUUGUAUAUUAUACAUCAAAAACCACAAUCUGAUGAGAAUUGGUAGUAUCAGGUUUAACUUAGGUAAGUGACAGUAUCAUAUUGAAGUGUAGUAUUUUUUUAUUGUUGAAAGGUAUCUAAGAUGGGGUCAGUUGCAGAGUUAGUUACAAUGACAUAACCAGUGAAUUAUGUGUACUUACCCAUGUGCCUUUAGGUGUGGUCAGUGUUCCACUACUGCUGGUAGUAACUAUCAUAUCAUAUUGCAAUGCAGAACUCAUCAUUUGCAACUACACCUGUUGUACAAGAUGCUUGGUUUGCAAUAUGCUUGGUUUGCAAUAGGACCCUGAGGAAGAUAUUAGCAUCUGGACAAAGUAUUGUCAAUAGAAGAGACCAAUCUACUGAGAUCAGACCACUUGCUCGACAAACCAUUUUAGCCAUCGGUGCAGUGAGAGAGGCACUGACCCGUCAGGCACUGGUCUGUCUCACCGAUUACUCUCCCGAGACAACAAACGUGCUCAGUUGGUUUGAUCAUGUGUGGGUGCAAUAUGAAUACAACUAUGUGAGCAAUAUGUGUCCUAUUUUCACUGUGGACCAGUUCGAGCAAUUGGAGGAGUGUAUCGUAAUGUUCAGUGAGGCAACGCAAAGAGCUGUCAAGUUGGGAUAUCUCUCUCAGGACAUGUUAGAGACGUAUGAUCCAAUCCUGAUGUUCUCUAUCCCACGUCUGGCUAUAGUUUGCGGUCUUGUCGUCUUCCCUCGCGGUCCUCUAGACUUGGAAAGAAAGUUUUGUGACAUCCCUGGCUGUUUUCGAAUCAACCUCUCGAUUCUGGCAAGAAUUAGAGAAUUGUUGCUUGCUCUGGACAGCAGUGAGUUCACGAUGCUUGAGAAGGCAUUAUGUAGCGCCGAAGGUAUCGGUGAGCUAGCCAGAGAUGUUGAUGGCAAGCCAGUGCGAGUGGCCAGCACCAAGAAGGCAGCUACAGACAGCCAUCCUGAACACACAAUACAAGAAAGCGUCGACCAAAAGCAGACAACCGAGGAAAGCCAAGAGAACACGAACGACAGAGAAGAGACAGUCAUCAAGCAAACACCCGAGGAGACGGCCAGAAUUCGGUCCGCAUUUAACGGUUCGCAAGAUCUACUUCAUCGCUUGUUUGUUGCCAUUUCUGGCAUCGCCGACCAGCUGCAGUCGAACCAUGCAAGAGACAUGAGGCUAAUUCUCAAGAGCACGUUUGCUGUGUGCGAAGAUCCCGUGCCGGUCAGAAAGAACAUAGACAACUGUGGAGAUAUCGUACCAUCAGACGUGGUCUCAGAGACUGUGGUGGACAACGUAUGUGAAACACAGUAUGGGCAACAACAACAACAGAAUGGAAAGAAGACAGAGAGGCAUUUUGCAAGUGGUGAGGCCGACGUGAGUGCUGAUGUUGUAAACGUGUCAGAAAGAGCAUCCGUACAGGGUCCCUUGUCUGCCACAACACUUCCACCACCUUCUCGUGAUCAGUCCUGGGUCAUGUAUACAGUAUAUGGCAGGCUGAGCAACAGUGGAUUCUCUGCUGAGAAGAGACGGUUGCCGCUUUUUGGAAAUAAGACUUGUUCAUUUCAAAGGAGUACUUACUUGCACAGCACCUGUCAGGCUGUCCAUAAUGCCAUUUUCACUUCCGGAUUAGAGAACGAAAUAGCCAAUUACCUACCACCUACGGCAAACAAAGUUUGGUUUUUUGUUAAGAAUCCUUGAUGAAAUAGAUGGCCCCUAAGCUUUCACAUGCACUGUUACCUUCCCACAGUGACCUGCAUGUUUAUUUGUCUACUACUGCUGUUCGUGUUAGAUGUCAUGCAUGUACUACACUGUCUUAUUUGUUCACUAAUGUCCAUGAUUUCUACUCUAACAGAGCCUCCAGUUUGGAUACCAGAUGUGCAAUCCAGUAGAUGCUCCCAUUGCAAGGAAAAAUUUACUCUCAUUCGACGCAGACACCACUGUCGUAACUGCGGA